AAUUGUGCCGUCCGGUUUUAGUCCCGCUGUAAACGCAAAUUCCGUACUCCUGGUUUUCCUGUGCGACUGGUAAAAGUCAGCUUCAGUGUGUCUUUGGUACUGUAUUUGCAGGACGAUUUGUCCACAGCCGUCUUGGAUGUGAAUGACAGUUUGUGGAGACGCUGGUAGCACACAUUGUGAAGCAUUUGGAGCACCCUCGCUUGUGUUGGCUUAGAAAUACGUAAACGGUGCGUACGGCUUCCUUGCCUGCAGUAAACAGUACCGGCGAAAUCAGAAUUACGGAGCGGAACCGCAUCUCAAGAUGUCAAACAUUGUGCUGGACAAAGACUGCUUUUUCCGGCGGAUAAAGCGACUGUACGCAAACUGGAAGGAUCCGGAAUUCAACCAUGAUGAUUCGCUGUCGAAGGUGGACUGCAUAAUGACGGCGGUUGGUGUGGAUGAGGAAACGUUCUACAGCAAGUCGACGUCACUGCAAACUUGGCUGUUCGGCUAUGAGCUGACCGAUACGAUCAGUAUAUUUUGCGACAAUGCCAUUCUGUUUCUUACCAGCAAGAAGAAGAUUGAAUUUCUAAAACAAAUUGAAAAGGAUUCGGAAGACGGUCUGCCACCGAUACGGUUGCUCGUUCGAGACAAGAAUGACAAGGAUAAAGCAAACUACGAGAAACUGUACGAGGCGAUGAAGGGUUCGAAAGACGGAAAGUCGGUCGGUGUGUUCACGAAGGAUAACUUCCCCGGCGAGUUCUGUGAGAACUGGCGCGCGUUCCUGAAAGACAAGCACAUGGCCAAUGUGGACAUAAGUGUGCCGAUGGGAUAUAUUAUGUGCCCAAAGGAGGAUUCGGAACUGUCGACGAUUAAGAAAGCCUGUCUCGUGACGAUCGACGUCUUCAACAAGUAUCUGAAGGAUCACAUCAUGGAAAUUAUCGAUGCGGACAAGAAAGUGAAGCACGUCAAAUUAUCGGAAGGUGUGGAAUCGGCCCUAACCGAUAAGAAGUACGUAAGCGGGGUGGACACGAAUCAGCUAGACAUGUGCUAUCCGGCCAUCAUUCAAUCCGGUGGUAACUACAGUCUCAAGUUCAGUGCGUUCAGUGACAAAAACUAUUUACACUUCGGAUCGAUCAUCUGUGCCCUGGGUGCACGAUACAAAUCCUAUUGCUCGAAUAUCGUUCGCACGUUGCUGGUUAAUCCGACCGACACCAUCCAGAAGCACUACAACUUUCUACUCAACCUAGAGGAGGAACUGUUGAAAAAUCUCUUACCCGGCAAGCGUCUUUCAGACGUGUACGAUAUGGGGCUCGAGUAUGCCAAAAAGGAGGAACCGAAGCUGGUGGACAAGCUGACGAAAACGUUCGGCUUUGCGACGGGGCUAGAAUUCCGCGAGAACUCAAUGACGAUUGGACCGAAAUGUGUAGCCGUUCUGAAGAAGGGCAUGGUGUUCAGUCUCAAUGUGGGGCUGGCCGGAUUAGAAAAUUCCGAGGCAUCGGAUAAGGAAUCAAAAAUGUACGCACUGUUCGUCGGCGACACCGUGCUGGUGACGGAUGAAUCACAGGCAGUGGUAUUGACGCAGUCGAAGAAAAAGAUCAAAAACAUUGGCAUCUUCCUAAAGGACGACGAUGAGGAUGAUGAGGAGGAGGAGGAAACGGACACCGAGCAGGCGCCGGAAAUUUUAGGCCGUAGCGGCAAACGCUCGACCGUACUGGAAAGCAAGCUGCGCAAUGAGCAAAGCUCGGAAGAGAAGCGCAAACAGCACCAGAAAGAGCUGGCGGUAGCUUUGAACGAGAAGGCGAAGGAACGGUUGGCCAAACAGGCUGGCGGUAAGGAGGCGGAAAAGGUGCGCAAGUCAACCGUCUCGUACAAAUCUGUCAAUCAGAUGCCGCGUGAACAGGAAGUAAAGGAAUUAAAGCUGUAUGUUGAUCGAAAAUAUGAGACGGUUAUCAUGCCGAUAUUCGGUGUUCCGGUACCGUUCCACAUUUCAACCAUUAAGAACAUUUCCCAAUCGGUCGAGGGAGAUUACACGUACUUGCGUAUUAAUUUCUUCCAUCCGGGAGCCACGAUGGGUCGAAAUGAAUCUGGAAUGUAUCCCAAUCCGGAUGCGACAUUUGUGAAAGAGGUUACCUACCGGUCAACGAAUACGAAAGAACCGGGUGAGAUAGCAGCACCGUCGUCCAACCUUAACACGGCAUUCCGGCUUAUUAAGGAAGUUCAAAAGCGAUUCAAGACACGCGAAGCUGAAGAGCGCGAAAAGGAGGAUCUGGUUAAGCAGGACACACUGGUAAUGUCACAAAACAAGGGUAACCCAAAGCUGAAGGAUCUCUACAUUCGGCCAAACAUCGUCAGCAAGCGCAUGACCGGUUCGUUAGAGGCACACGUGAACGGUUUCCGGUAUACGUCCGUGCGCGGUGAUAAGGUGGACAUAUUGUACAACAACAUCAAGAGCGCAUUCUUUCAACCGUGCGAUGGGGAAAUGAUCAUUUUGCUACACUUCCACCUGAAGCACGCCAUCAUGUUCGGCAAGAAGAAACACCUGGACGUUCAGUUUUAUACGGAGGUGGGAGAGAUCACGACCGAUCUCGGCAAGCACCAGCACAUGCACGAUCGGGACGAUCUGGCCGCUGAGCAGGCGGAGCGUGAACUACGGCACAAGCUUAAGACGGCUUUCAAGAGCUUCUGCGAGAAGGUGGAAAUGAUGACGAAACAGCAAAUUGAGUUCGACACACCGUUCCGGGAGCUGGGCUUUCCGGGUGCACCGUUCCGCAGCACAGUAUUACUGCAGCCGACAUCCGGUAGCUUGGUGAACCUAACGGAAUGGCCCCCAUUCGUAAUUACGCUGGAAGACGUCGAGCUGGUACACUUCGAGCGCGUCCAAUUUCACCUGCGUAAUUUCGAUAUGAUAUUUGUGUUUAAAAACUACCAGCAGAAGAUCGCAAUGGUGAAUGCGAUACCGAUGAACAUGCUCGAUCACGUAAAGGAGUGGUUAAAUUCGUGCGACAUUCGCUACUCCGAGGGUAUACAAUCACUAAAUUGGGCAAAAAUUAUGAAAACCAUCACAGACGAUCCGGAAGGAUUCUUUGAUAGUGGUGGCUGGACGUUCCUGGAUCCGGAAUCGGAAGGCGAAGCUGAAGCGAACAGUGAAACGGAAGACGAAGAGGACGAUGCGUACGAGCCAACCGAUGAUGACGAUGAGGAAGAGUCCGAUUCUGAAGAUUAUUCCGAAGCAUCAGAGGACGAUGGUAGUGGAAGUGAAGAAGAUCUCGGUUCGGAUGAAGAGUCUGGCAAGGAUUGGUCUGAUCUGGAGCGGGAAGCAGCCGAAGAGGAUCGUAACCGCGAAAAGGACGAUUAUGUUGAUCGCAAUUCGUCGAAAAAGCGGUCCCAUCAUAGCUCGUCCAAGCAUGGCAGCAGUCGGGAUAAGAAUCACAAGGACAAACACAAUGAUAAGCAUCGCAGCAGCGGUAGCAACAACAAACACAGCAGCAGUAGCAAGCGCUCGCGAGACGACAGUCGUGACAGUAACCACCAUCACAAGAGCAAGAAAUCGCGAAAAUAAACAUCGACAAAAUUCUCAUGCUUUCCAGUAGAGAGGAGGGUAUACGAUUAUCAUACCGUACGGCGAGUAUUACUUUCGCUGUUUGCCGGUACAGUAUAGUACGAUAAGGUUAGUUUUUAAACUUUUUGUUUAUUAGUAACGAUAUAAUUCCACAUUUCGCCCACUAUUUUUGUUUUGUUGAUCAAAGCUUGGUUUGCAAUAUGUAGAAUCUUGGGCGUUCAUGGAAAUUAAAACGUAACAUUAACAUAGGCAUUGUCCAUCGUACCCUAUAACACUGGAACAUCUUACUACAUGCGGCCACCGUAUCCUUGUUACUAAUUAUUUUUGCUCUCCGUAAGGUGGCUGGUUCCUUUCAACCCGACAGACUAUUGUUAGUUUUAUGUUUGUCCAUACUCAAAUUGUUCAUGCAUCCCAAUGAAUUCCCCAAACCCUUCAGGAAUGUUCCAUUAUUCAAUUUCGCGUAUCUUACGGAUAAAAUCAAUCAAAUAGCAGGAGGAAAAUGGAAUCGCCGUGAAAAUUAAUUCGUAUCUAUAAUUGAAUGCAUACAUGAAACGUAGAAUAAACACAUAAAUGGUAAAUAUAUAAUUAUGUCA